AUGGCCAGAUUCACUCAGACUGAGACAAGAAGGGAGCAGCACCCACAGCCGCCCCAUCCCGCUUACUCCAGCCUGCUUUUCACUGGACCCGGGGCAGCACCGACCCAAUAUCCACUCCUCCUUGUCCCGCACCAGCACCAGUACGCUCAGAUCCCAUUCCCAAAACCCAUGAACGGGUCAGAAUCCAUCUCCAUUCAUCCGGAGAACGGCACCAUGAAAGACCAAGAUGCCAUAAAACUCUUUAUCGGGCAAAUACCGCGGAACCUUGAGGAAAAAGACCUGAAACCCUUAUUUGAACAGUUUGGGAAAAUCCACGAAUUGACGGUAUUGAAGGACCGAUACACCGGCAUGCACAAAGGCUGCGCGUUCCUCACCUACUGCGCCCGCGAGUCGGCCAUCAAAGCUCAGAUCGCCCUCCACGAACAGAAGACGCUGCCGGGGAUGACUCGCCCCAUCCAGGUGAAGCCAGCUGACAGCGAGAGCCGUGGAGAAGACAGGAAGCUGUUUGUGGGGAUGCUGAACAAACAACAGACAGAGGAGGACGUGUAUCAUCUUUUCGAGCCCUACGGAGUCAUCGAGGAGUGCACUGUGUUAAGAGGUCCUGAUGGAAAUAGCAAAGGCUGUGCCUUUGUAAAGUUCUCCACACAUGCUGAAGCUCAGUCCGCAAUCAGCGCCCUGCACGGCAGUCAGACCAUGCCAACUGGCUCCGAUUCUCUCCUCCCUCAGGGUGCCUCGUCCAGCCUGGUGGUCAAGUUUGCCGACACGGACAAGGAGCGCACCAUCCGUCGCAUGCAGCAGAUGGUGGGCCAGUUUGGCAUCUUCAACCCUGCCAUCGCCCUGCCCUUCAGCACCUACAGCACCUACGCACAUGCGCUGAUGCAACAGCAGGCGGCCCUCAUGGCUGCCAGUCAUGGAGGCUAUCUGGCACCUAGUGUGGCCUUUCCCACCACCCAGAUCCACCAGAUGGGGGCGCUCAACAUCAACAGCCUGCCACCCACCCCCAUGACCCCGGUGUCGGGUGAGUUUCAUCAGACACUGGGCCUCAGCUCACCUCCCACAAACAUCACUACAUCAGCGGUCCCUAGCAUCGUCACUCCAAUCGUCAACGGCUUUACCAGCAUCCCUCACCAGCCUAAUGGACACCAUGCAGUAGAGGCUGUUUACACCAAUGGUCUGUCCCCCUACUCCACCCAAAGCCCCACGGCUGCCGACACCCUACAGCAGGCCUUCACCGGGGUGCAGCAAUAUACAGCCAUCUACCCAGCAGCCACACUGACCCCUAUUGGCCAAAGUUUGCCACAGCCACCACAAGUCAUUCAACAACAGCAGCAGAGAGAAGGACCAGAGGGCUGCAACCUCUUCAUCUACCAUCUACCACAGGAAUUCGGCGAUAAUGAGCUCAUGCAGAUGUUCCUUCCAUUUGGGACAGUCAUCUCCUCCAAGGUCUUCAUGGACAGAGCCACCAACCAGAGCAAAUGUUUUGGUUUUGUGAGUUUUGACAACCCAGCAAGCGCACAGGCUGCUAUCCAGGCCAUGAAUGGCUUUCAGAUCGGCAUGAAGAGGUUGAAAGUGCAGUUAAAACGGCCGAAGGAUGCAAGCCGUCCGUACUAACUGGGCCCUAUCAACACUGGGCUCUCUGCAACAGCACAGGAUUUGAAGAGUGAAAUCUUUAAAGGAAUUUUACUUUAAAAACAAACAAGAAAAACAUGAAUGGAUUUUUUUUUUUUUUUUUUUUUUUUUUGAAGACAUAUCAGCAUUUAUUUUAUGAGGAUGUUCAGAACAGAGGAGGGCUGCAGGUGAACCGGUACCCGUGGGCAAAACCACACUCUGCACUGCAAACGAAAGACGUGAGGAAGAUUUCUCAAAAGACUCGCUGAGCUUCGAAUCGUCAGUAAAGCAACAAACAAAAAGAGAGAAAAAAAGAACAAGAACAACUUCGAUUUCUAUAUACAUAUUAUACACACAUAUGCUAUUUAAAGGAAGAGGCACUUAUGGCUUUUAUUACACUGGACUUAUGAGGGUUAAACUUGAUGACCAAGGAAAACUGCAGUGGAAAAAAGAAGCUCUUCUUGUCCCGCUAGUGGACUCUCUUUCUUUCUCUUUUCCUCCUUCCUUUCUUCUGUCACCAUCUUUCAGCAAACACAGGACUUUUCUGUGGUCACUGAGGUUUCCAUACCCUCAGUGAAACUGAUAUAUCUUUCACCCCCCAUGGGACCAAAGGACCAAACAUUUUUAUUUCAUUUUUACAGACAUAUACUAAUACUACAGACAACUACUAACAACAUAGGUUUAAAGGAAAAAAAGCAUAAUUAUUCACUUCAGGUUGGAAGAGGAAUGGGAUUUUUAUUUCUUUUCCUUUUACAUUUAUAGUUACUGGGUUUCAGAAUAUUAAAAAAAAAAAUACAAAAUUAAAAAAAUUAAGGAAAAAACUAUUUUAAAAGCUAUACUAUUUAAGUGGAGUAGAAUAUGUGGAUUGGAGAUUGUUAGGAGCAUGUUCAGACAUUUUUCAUUCAUGAAGAGAAAAAAAAAAUGGGGGGGGGGUUGGAGCUGUUCAUCAUCCAUUGUCUUUUUUUCUGAGGUUGCUCAGAUAUCAGAAAUAGGCCCACAGUCCAGAGAACAAAUGCUGAAUAGAACUAUACAGUAUAUGCAUGUUCAAAGGAUUGCUGGUUUAGCAAAAACUUUGGUAGUUAUUCAGUACACAUAAAAUAAGCAAAUGUAUUUAUCCGAGGAAAGCUUUACUUAUCGAGCAGAAUAAGUACCUGUGGCUUCAAUGCAAACGAACUGCAAUUUUACAGCUGUAGCCACUGCACUGGUAAAUAAUUACAACAAAAAGAACAAAACAUUUUGUUAAUGCUCACCUCUUGAUGGGUAUGGAAAAUAUUUAUGAUAUUUAUUUUGUGCAAUGCUUUCUAAAGUGUUUCUAAUUUGAUUUAUUCAGGUCUUGUUUAUUUUGUCUUCGAACACCAUGACUGUGCUAGCCUAAUCUUAUGGAAAAAACCAUGACUGUGGCGACAUUUUUGCAAAAUUACAUUACCUGGUUCCUUACAGAAAUCGCGGCAGUUCUGAGGUAAAAAAAACAAAAAUGUCCACUGGGUGGCGCUAAAAGCGAGUUAAAUUUUCUUCCAUACAGAUGAGGUUUUAAGGUUAAUGCUCUAUCAAGUUUUAAAUAAACAAAACCUACCUUAUUACCCUAAAAACCUAAACCUAAUUGACAGGUUUGUAAAAAGCAAAGUGUGAUGUCAAGAAUACAAUUAUUGAGUCAACCACGUCAUUUUGUGGUGCCUCUAUGACACUUUCGGCUCACAGGUUGACUAGCAUGCUCUUCAGGACUCAUACCCCGGUCGUUUGCAUCGCAAGUGCAAUGUUCUCUUAGUUGAGCUGUUGGCCGAACAAGCUUAUAAAUUUGUAAUGCAGACGUUAAAAUGUAUCUCCUUACAAGUCGCGUGACUUGAAAAGUGUUUAGAUAUCUUAAGAAUAGCAUUGUGUGAGGAACACAGCGAAAAAUGUUUAUGAACCAAUAAUCUGUUGUUUAGCCUACUCGUGAUUUGUGUGAAAGGGAAUAUACAUCAUUGAUGUUGUAGCAUCUUUAGUGUUCAAUUGACCUGGAAACUACCGUGAUACGUACAGUGAGCCACGUAAAAAUUAUUUUGCAAAAAUGUAGGUAUAGUAACGUGAUUCUACGAGACCAGGUCAGACUGUGCUUUAAGUAUUGCCCAAAUUCACCAUACCAAGGGACCAGCAGAGCUUUCAUAUCAUUUCAUGAAACAUCGCUCAUGAACGUACUCAACCUACAGUACAUCAAUAUAAACACUUGAAAAAAACAGUUCGUGCCAAAUGCUGAAUAUCAUCUGACAAAGCACAUUGGUAAAUAGACCAAGCCUAGCAGUUACAAAGAUACAAAGCCUUAAACCCGUAAGAGGUUAAAAACAGUCCACAAAAUGCCCUCAUUAGGGACCCUACUGAGGGGGCACACUUGUUAUUACUUACAAUGUCUGAAGCACAUCAGAAUUUUACAGGGACCAUAUUGCAGCAUAAUUGAAAUAUUUCAAAUGGUGGUCAAAUGGAGAUUAUUGCCUCGGAAACAUGCACAAUCAAUUACACGUUGACUUUUCCCAUAGGCAUCUGAAAAACAGUGUUCAUUUCACUAAUAAAUAUGUUUAAAAUAUAGAAAGUAGUACUGGAAGACUUGUCAAAACAACCAUAAACAUUCCUUCAAUUCGGAUGCAAGCAGGUUGAAUCCACAAAUAGUUCAUAUUUCUAAGAAUACGUGUCUCAGGCUGGUAUGGAUUAGCAUGACACUAACUGUCUAUGCAGGCCUAAUGAGCAGCCUGUAAAAGAGCUUACGGACAGCUUGCAAAUAGCAGCUAUAGGGGGUAACAUUCGGAGCAAACUGAUCCAUCAAUAAAAAAGCCACUGAGUCUGACAUUAUGGUGUACUUAACCACAGCUGUUGGUUUUUUCUCAGACAAACCACAAAUAUACUCCACUCUGAAGCACUUGUGUUUAGGGGAACGAGACUUGACAAGAAUCUUAAAGACCCCAUGACAUCAAAAUUGAAGUUUUAUGGCUUUUAGUCCAUGUCUUUUAACUUUAAAAUAAUCUAUAUGCUAGUGUGCUCUAAAAGUGAACUAAAGGAACUUUUAGCAGAUAUAUAUGCAUUUAUAAUUUGCAGUCCUUCUCUUCCGGGACAACACAUCAAAAAUAUUGAUGACUCAUCUAACACUACGGGUUUUUGUCCAAACAAAUGCUCUGUUUGCAACUUUCCCUAAUAACCACUGCUUCUGACUAGCAAUUUUAGCCAUUUUAGUUCUGGAAGUAUUUCCCCCAUUCAUUUCUUCUAUAGAGAUUUCAUAAAAUCCUUCAUAAAAGCAUCCUAAGCCUUGAAACAAACCAACCAGCUCCGAGAUGUAUUGCAUCAUUACAAACCUUGAUUUAAAGUAUUGAUGACAUUUUUUUAAAAGACAAAGAUACAAGACUGUGUACUUAAUAUCUUUCAUGGGGAAAUUAACUACAUCCCAUGAAGCAUUGUGAACGACGUAAUCAAAUUGAAAAUGGUAAAAAGCAUAAAAGUAUAGAUUUAAAUUUGUAUAUUAAAAGUGUCGAAAAAAUAGAUUUUGAAUUAAUCGGAAAAUGUUCAGAUAUUUUCAAAUAUACAAGCAGUUUGAGAGUGUGGGAAGACCGUCUCGAUUGCUGCAGAGCUCUUUUGGCGCACUUUGUUUGCCUUGAUUCUGUUAUUGGACAUUUCCCUUCAGGAUCAUGGGUGGUGUAGUACUACACCAGAAAUUCCUCUUCUAAACAUAAUUUUCUUUUUUUUUUUUUAAAUGAAGUUGAAAUAAUGUGGAUUGAUGGCUUCAAUAGAAACAUCUUCCACUGACUAACAACCUCAGAGCUUACGGUAUAGGUCUGUCUUUAUAGGUUUAUAAGUUAUUGUUAAGAAUCCAUUCCCCUAUGGAGAAAAUUAAUGGGAUUUUUACUUCCGGAACCUGUUGCGCUCUGUAGCAAGUAACAAAUCAUGUACAUGGCUGUGGUGUAAACUAAAAGUGAUUGGCUGCUUAAUGGAAAUGGGUGGGGUCUUUGAAAUAGCCCUCCCAAACUUCCUGUUACAAUGAUAUCAUGGGGUCUUUAACUAUUAUCAGAAUCACAUUUAGAGGAGUAGAGAUGCAGUGUUAACAUGGACAGUGUCCCUAAUACAAGUUAAAGUUCUCAUCCGCUAUUUUUGUAUUUGCAUUUUUUUUUUUAUCAAUUCUGCCAUUAAUGUCAGUUAUGCACUGCCUUCACAGAAAUGCUGAAACUAAAGAUAUGUCGACACAGAAGUACAAGGACUUCGAGACCUCACAGAAUUCGCAAAUAAACAGAAAUCGACAUAAAAACUGAGCUCGAGAAUCUAGGUAGAACCGAGAAGCACAUAUUUCGACCUCAUUUGAUUUCCACUGUGGAUAUUUGACCUGUUUGUCUUACCCAAAAAUAUGUCUGUAUGUUCAAUGUUUAAUCUCGCACACAUCAGAAAUAAGUUUUGUCAGGAUACAUUAAUGUCACCGUAUAUCACGGUGGUUUUUUGCCCUCAGGUUGCGCUGAAAUGGAUUGCUGAAAUUUGAUUCACAUGUUAUAAUGGCCUUUUUCUGGUGAACCCCUCUCCAUUUCAUUUCUCCCCUCUCCUGUUUUGUGGUGGCAUAACUGUACGGUGUGAUAUACAGACAUGCAGAGCCUUCAGGCAUCGAUGGUCUAAUAACCUCAUGUUGCAUGGGCCUUCCUCGCAGAAUCUUUCCAUGCCAGAUGUGAAUUAUUAAAAUCAAAUUAAAUUUGGCCUGCAUGUAAAAGCAAGUGUAAUACAAAUUAAAAAUGGCAACUAGGGCCUGAAGUUUAAUACGUUUGAACGAUGAUAUCAUUACAGCUUGAAAGAAAAGAAAAAAAGAGAUUGGAAAAGCAUAUAAUAUGAAACCGGAAAACGUGAUGUGUUGAACCGAUAGUGUUAAGUAGAUAGUUCACCCAAAACUGAAUAUUCUGUCAUUUACUCAACCUCAUGUUGUGACAGAUUUUUCGUUUUUGGGUUAACUAUCCCUAGAGAAAUGAGGGGGUACGUAUUGCACUACAGGUAUUUCUGAAGAAACCAGACCACCAGCAUUUCAUACUUGUGUUCUCAUUCAAAUCAUGUUUCUGUUUUAGAGCUUCAUGACGAACUUUGAUCUAUGAGCAUGCUCAGGGGGCAGGGGUGGGAAAGUUUUGGGGUUCAAAGUGUUAUAAAGUUACUACUCAUAUUAACAAUAUGUUUCUUUAACUAUGGUUUGUAUGCUAAGGAAAGUAGCUUAUUAUAGAUAUGAAAUCUGUAUAUUAGGGAUCAGC